CUGACUCUCAAACACCUCCCUGUCAGCAUUAAAGAUGUUUGCAAAAGCCACUAAGAACGUGCUCUCUGAGAUUGACACUGAAGGUUCCCUGAUCCCACUGACCCGCCUGAAUGACUCGGAUGGCCUGGUUCCUCUGUCCCUGGUCAUCAAACGUAAUCGCUACUGGUUUUGGCAGCGGCCCAAGUACCUGACAUUAGACUUCAACCUAAAUGAUGUUCUCGUUGGAGAUCCAAUAAAUCCAGUUGUGGUUGAAACAGACUUUAUGUCGUAUAAUGGGAAGGUUGUGGGUAACAAAAGUGGAAGUGCUACAGCGGAUGUUGGGCCGGGGAGCAUUAAUAUAGGGGGGACUGGCUCCAGCAAACUUCAGUCAUCGUUUGGAAACCUAAAGAAAGAGGAGAUAGAUGUCCAGAAGCUCUUACAGGAUUCAAAAUCUAGAGUUCUGGACCUGCAGCACUCUCUGAUCCAGCAGACACGGGAGACGCAGAGGGAGGUGUUGGCGGUGGUGAAGGAACGAAUCUUCACCACCCAGCCCUGCACUGUCACGGAGGAGGUUCAGGGGGGUGGUACCUGCACUGGAAUGUUCGGGUUUAAUAAGACAAUAAAGGUGUCAGUCAAUGAGAAAGGGAAGCCUUUUGUUGAGUAUGACACUAAUGUGUCUAUCAACAUCCCCCCUAAAACCACUAUUGCUUACAGCGUGAUUGAACUCGAGGUUGCUCACACUGGACACUACGAACUGUGUCUGCUGCCAAAUGUAAAAGGAGGUUUUGAAGUUGACGGGCUAGUGAAGGUGAAGCAAGCUAACUCCGUCAGUGCUGCACCAGGGAAAACCACCAGCAAACUGCAGAAAGAUCUUGAAGGACUCCAAGGGCAGUUUAUGGUUCUCUCUAAACUCCCAUUCAACACACGCUGCUCGUUAUUCCAGCAGAUCUCUGAGCUCCUGCAGAACAGCGAAGCCAUCACCUUGCUGGAGGACGCUCUAGAGGACCUGUGUAAUGGGACACAGCCUGACCUCAGUGCGUUGGACGAAGUUCCUGGUCUGAAGGCAACACUGAAGCUUGUACAGAAGGCUGCUGGUUCAAAAUCCUCUGCAAUGCAGACCAAACCCAGUGCUCUUACUGCCACCCAUCUGCUCUUCAGCUCAUUAGAUGAGAUGACUGACUCUGCCCUGUUUGAGCUCAAAUCCUGCUGCAGUUACGCAACCGUGCAAGCCCUGCUCCAUCUCGUGCAAAAUAUGGCUCUAAAUAAGAAGUCCUCUUGGAAAGACGCUGUUCUGGCCGUGUUAGCCGAUGAGGAGGUUUUCAAGAAGAUCACAGCACUCUUUGCCUCUUGUAAUGUGACCUUGCUUAAGGAGAAGGAUUCCCUUGUUACAAAAAUCAGCAACCCACAGGAUCGCCUUCCCCUCAUGCUAUGCAUUGCAGUCAAAGGUUUGGCAUCUCUAGCGCCCCCUGUCUGACUGGAGUACAACAGGUGCAAGCUAUUACAACUACAGCUCGCUGCAUCCUGCGGUGGAUAUCCAACCCGGCCCACAUCAAAGUGUGACGUCUGAAGCCACGCCCAUCCACGUGUGACGUCGGAAGCCUCGCCCAUGUCCAAAGACGGCACGUGACUCAAUUUGAUGUGAUUCGUGACGUGUACACAUGCUCAAAAUGCCGCUGCUUCCUGUCGGAAUAUGUUUAUGGUUGUUAUCAUAGUAGUUAUUGAUUUAUAAUAAAGAUGAGGUUAUUUGUGUAGAGAUGUGGCACUACAGAUUAUUGGUGCAGUUAAAUUGUGACGCUUUGGCAGGCUUGGAAUCGUCUAAAUCACAAGCACUCCCUUAACAGCUGUAUUAGACAAUACGUUUGCAUUGCUCACUGGUUUUGUAAGUUAAUGACAAGUAAACAAUGUACCUUAUUUUUGUAUUUCUGUUACAAAUGGUAAUCAAUAAUCAUGGUUUUGCUAUAAUAAACAUAUAAGGGAGCAUCUAUACUUAAACUAAAAUGAGUUUUUAUCUCUUUCUUAAUUAUAUGGGAUCCAAACUGCACUUAUAGUUAUCCCUUCUAAAAAAUAAUGAAAAAAAACUUUUUUAAACAUUUCUUUCUAUGUGGUUAAAGAAAUAUUGCAUUUUUACAAAUUAAGAAUUCACCUGUUAAUGCCUGUUAUAGCAAAUUACUUUGAAAUGGCAGAAUGGAAUUUAUGUAAACCUUAAAUCAUAUACUAAUAUAUAAUCUACUCAUUAGUCAUUAUAAGCAAAGUGAGAUAUUUCAUGCCUUUAUGUGUUAUAAAUUUGAUGAUUACGGCAUAUAGCUAUGUUGAAUUACCGAAAUAAAUGAACUUUUGCACAAUA